AUGUCUACUGCCACGACUUCUCUCUCCGACACCCUUCCAUCCUCCGUACCCAAGCUCGAUGUGAGCGGCUUGAAUUGGGCAAUAUUUGCCGUCCGAUUCCAAGAUGCCGUCGAGGCUAAAGGCUUCUGGGGUCACUUCAUUGGUACCGACCCUCGCCCUGUUCCUGCGGCCACUCCUACCCCUGCCCCUACCCCUGCUACUGUUACUGCCGGUGCCGCGACCGCGGCUGUUGUGGGCGCUGCCCCUCCAACCAUUGGUGCGACGGCGACCCCUACUGCGGCUGAGAUAGCUGCUAUGGAGAAGUGGGACAAGGACAAGCGUGCAGCGAAGUCUUUACUCACCCAGAGGAUUCCCGAUUCAACGUUGAUGCGUAUCCACUCGAAAAAGACCGUCUUCGAGAGGUGGUCCACCAUUGUCAGCGAGUACACGGAGAAGGGCGCUUAUGCGCAAACCGAGAUGCGUACGAAGUUCUUGGGGUCGAAGUGCCCUGACAAGGGCAAUGUGCGUGAGUUCCUGGAUUCCUUGGCCACCAAGAGGGAACAGCUUGCUUCGGUUGGUGUCGACAUCGAUGAGAAAGACUAUUGCUCGACCAUCCUGCAGUCCCUUCCUAUCCCACUCUCAAACUUUGCAUCGGCGCAGCUUGCUGCUGCCCGAAUGUUCUCCCCAACCGAUACCAUUGCUCCUGACACCCUCAUUCGGCUUAUCGGCGAGGAGUAUGACUGCCAGAAGUCCCAACAUUUUGGGCGCUUGGGAAAGGCGAAGGAGGAUGACCGUGACGAGGUGAUGGCAGUCUCAUCGAACACUUUGAACAACACAGGUGGUGGACAGGCUGCGAAUGGUGGAGGUGGCUCAAGCAGGGGGUGCUGGAAGUGUGGCGACCUUGGUCACCGCAAGAGUCAGUGCCCGAAAAUGAGGAAGAUUGUUGACAAGUUGACUCAGAAGGCAGCUUCUUCAAAGGCGGGUGGGUCUGCGAAUGUGGUUGAGGUUGAGGAGGGGGACAGCGAUGGUGUUUUCGCGGUCAUGGUCGAGUCUGAUGAUGAAACGUCAGUGCAUGGUUCAAUGGCAGGGCUCCAGUCAAAUACCAACAUGGUGAUGGGGAGCGACGAUUAUUCCGACGCUGACAGCGACUCCCUCCCGGUGCCUCACCAGUCUGAUGCGCUGAUGGACAGUGACUGGUUCUCAGAUGUCAGAAGUGAUGCUGGAGACUAUGACAACCCAUUCUGGAGCUCUGAGGAUGGAUCCGACGAGGAGGAGGAGAGGUUGAUGGCUGAGUUCUACGCCAUCAUCAACACCGUCAAGGAGAAAUUUGACGUUGAGAAUGCCUUCCUCGAAACCCCUCGCGUCGAGAUCUACGACUUGGGCUCAACUCGCCACAUCUCCCCUUACCGCGAGGACUUUGUCAACCUCACGGAAAUCCCACCGCAAACACUUCGCGCUGCCAACAAAAACAACUUCAGUGCUACUGGGGUUGGCGAGCUCAUCAUCAAUGUACCUAGCGGUGUCAACAUGAAGCAGCUCCACCUCACAGAGGUGCUCUACUCUCCCGAAGUUGGCUAUAUGCUUGUCUCCAUUGGGCGGCUUGAUGAGAAGGGGUUCUCCGCAAUGUUUGCACACGGGAAGUGUGUUAUUCGAGGACCAAAGGGUGAAGAGGUUGGCAAGGUGGCAAAGAACGCAAAGGGCUUGUACCGCGUUGAGCACGAUGACAACACAGUCAAUUCAGCGAUCGAGACGAUCACUUUGGACCAGUUCCACCGUCGCAUGGGCCACAUAUCGCCUGAGGUUGCUCGUCGACUUGUAUCCAACAAGUUUGUGACAGGUGUUCGUCUCACAACAAUGUCGACGUCUGGUGAUCCUUUCUUCUGCGAAUCGUGCGUUUAUGCCAAGGCGACGAGGAAGUCGGUGCCGAAAGAGAGAGCUGGGGAGAGGGCGAGCGAGUUUGGUGGUGAGGUUCAUUCGGAUCUCUGGGGACCAGCGCCUGUUUCUACACGGGGCAGUCGGCGCUACUACGUCACCUUCAUUGAUGACAAGACGCGACUCACUCACCUCUACCUCAUGCGCAAUAAGUCUGACACUUUUGCCAAGUACAGGGAGUAUGAGGUGUGGUGUGAUGCACAGCUAGGUGCUCGAGUCAAGGUUUUGCACUCGGAUCGAGGGGGAGAGUACACCGGGAAGGAGUUCGUUGUCCAUCUCAAGGCUCACGGCACGGCGAGGAAGCAAACCGUCCAUGAUACCCCUGCCCAAAAUGGUGUUGCGGAACGUCGUAAUCGCAUCAUCAUGGAGCGCGUUCGAGUGCUAUUGCACAGUUCUGGUCUGCCAAAGUUUCUUUGGGGCGAGGCUGCUCGCCACGUCGUUUGGUUGUUAAAUCGGACGUCGACGAAGGCGGUGGAUGGCAAAACCCCCUACGAGGCAGCUUUUGGGAAGAAGCCUGACCUCCGUGAGGUACUCAGCCGUCUCGAGGGGGAGGACUGGGAAUUCAUCGAAACGACGCCUGAUUCGACACCGGAUGGACUUACCAGCACCCCAUCUGUCAAUACACAAGCUUCUACAUCCGCACCAACUCCUCUCGAGACACCUGCAACCACUAUCCCUGCUCCCACAGACCCCACGGACUCAAACACGUCAAAUUCUAGCGACCACGAGACGCCCUCGGAGCCCGAAACUCGGUCGAAACGCACUCGGAAGCCUACACAACGUCUCCAUGACAUCCUCGAGGGACGCGCCGUCUCGUCCAAUCGUCCUGGGGCACCAAAGGUUACACCCGGGGUGCAGCUCCCUUCGGAGAUCCUCUACGCUCUUUAUAGCGAGGCUGGUUUUGAGGGGGAGAACGAGGACGGGUGGGUGAUGGUGGCAGACUUCAUUGAUGAGUAUGCAAUGGCGGCAGAAAUCAGUGAGAAAGAGGCUUUAGAGCCCCGUUCUCUCGCCGAGGCAAGGACUCGACCUGAUUGGCCAUUGUGGGAGAAGGCGAUCCUGGAAGAACUCGCUGUUUUGAAAGCUGCGGGUACAUGGGAACUUGUCGACGCACCUCCUGGAGCCAAUAUCGUUGGUUCAAAGUGGGUUUUUCGGGCAAAGAAGGAUGCCGCUGGCAACGUGGUGCGCUACAAGGCUCGUCUCGUCGCGCAAGGUUUCUCCCAAGUCCCGGGGAUCGAUUACUUCGACACGUUUGCACCUGUCGCAUGCCUUGCUUCUAUUCGGGCCGUUCUCGCGAUGGCGGCUGUCCAUGACUACGAAAUCCAUCAAGUUGAUGUCAAAGGUGCUUACCUAAAUGGCAUUCUCACCGCCGACGAGGUUAUUUUUAUGCGCCAACCCCCCGGAUAUAGGAUUUCUGACAGUGCGGGAAAGAGGUUGGUGGAGAUCAUGGUGCUGCUCGGUUUUGAGCAGUGUGCGGUCGACCAGGCGGUUUUCUUUAAGCGCCGCGGCGAGGCGCUUGUGAUCGUGCUUGUGCAUGUCGACGACUGCACAAUUGUGGCCACUGCACUGCCACUGAUAGAAGCCUUUAAGGCCGAGGUCGCCAAGCACAUUGAAAUCACCGAUUUGGGCGAACUCCACUGGAUCCUCGGCAUCGAGUAUAACCUUCAAGACCUCAAGCCUCUUUCCAUUCCCAUGGACCCCAAUGUUUGCCUUUCGAGCGCUCAGUCUCCCUCUACCACUGUCGAGAUCGCGAAGAUGGCAAAUAUCCCAUACCACGAGGCCGUUGGUUCUCUCAUGUACGCCUCGCUCGGUACACGCCCGGACAUCACCUUCGCUGUCCAAACCGUCUCGCGAUACGCCUCAAAGCCUGGUCCCGGGCACUGGGAGGCCGUCAAGCGGAUUUUUCGCUACCUGAGUGGUACGAAGGAGUUGUGGUUGAGUUUUGGUGGGGACACGAAGGGGCUGGUUGGAUUUGCGGAUGCGGAUGGGAGUAUGGCAGAGGAUCGUCACGCGAUCUCGGGGUAUGCUUUUUUGCUUCACGGCGGUGCUGUUUCGUGGAGUGCUAAGCGCCAGGAGAUCAUCUCACUGUCCACCACGGAAUCUGAGUACGUCGCAGCGACGCAGGCCACGAAGGAGGCUCUCUGGCUCCGCUCCUUGGUCUCGGAGCUUUUCGCCAUUGACCUCGACACGACCACUUUAUUUUCGGACAACCAAUCGGCCAUCGCGCUCACAAAAGACCAUCAGUAUCACGCCCGCACUAAACACAUCGACAUUCGGUUUCAUUUCAUUCGCAGGAUCAUCGAAAAGGGGUCCAUUCGACUCGUCUACUGUCCUACUGGCGAAAUGGUUGCGGAUACUCUCACCAAGGCCCUCCCUUCUGCAAAGGUGAAGCAUUUCGCUUCGGAGCUCGGACUCGUGCUCGUUUGA